AUGUGCUCUUCUAAGUUAGUCAAUUAUCUCCUUGUCAUAGCUCUUCUUCUUCUUCUAUACAAACACGUUAUAGCCGAGGAUUCUCAGGACGGUUUCCAUGGAGACGAGAGAGACGCGCUUUUGACUCUCAAGAAGGGAUUCAACAACUCAUUUCUUAAUGUAAACUGGACUGGCAUUCAGUGCUAUAUGAAUAGCACCCCUAACUGGUAUGGCAUCCAGUGUACCAAUGGUCGAGUCACCGGUGUAAGUUUGGAAAACAUGGGGCUUGUUGGAAAAAUCGAGCCUUACGCACUUGUCAAUCUUGCUGAGUUAUCAAUCCUUAGCUUCAAGAACAAUUCCAUAUCAGGGAAUUUGAUGAAUUUUUCGUAUAAUUCAAAACUGAAAAAAGUUGAUUUGUCAGCAAACAGGUUUGAUAGAGAAAUCUCAUCUUCUCUUCUGGGACUGAAUUUCCUUGAGUCUUUGCAGUUGCAAGAGAACAAUCUUGUCGGUUCAAUACCGGGGUUUGACCAGUCGAGCUUGAGAGAGUUUAAUGUGUCUUAUAACAAUCUUUCUGGGAAAAUACCAGACACUGGAAUUCUUCAAUCAUUUGGCCUUUCUUCAUUUGUUGGUAACCAAGAUUUGUGUGGUGCACCUACUCCCACAGCCUGCAGUAGCAGCUUAAACGAUUCUUCUGAUCCUCCACAUAGUGAUAACAAGAGUUCAUUUUUAUCAACCACUUUGAUCGUGGUAGACGUAAUUGUUCUUUUUGUACUUUCGAUUUUCCUCAUCAUUUACUACAAGAAAUAUAAGAAGCUCAAAAAACAGAUGCAGAGAAGGAACUCAGUCCAAGUCAAUGAAGAAAAGCGCGAAGCGAUUACAAAUAACUCUAUCGCGCUUACAGAUAACUCCAUAGAAAAUAGUGUUCCUGCUCGAGAAGACGACAGAGGGAAGCUUAUGUUCUUGGAUAAAAAUGGGACUUAUUUCGAGCUUGAUGAUCUUCUUAAGGCAUCUGCAGAAGGUUUAGGUAAAGGAAAUUUUGGAAACUGCUACAAGGCUAUGCUGGAAAUUGGACCGGCUGUUGUUGUGAAACGCUUACGAGAUUUAAAACCCCUAAGCAGUGAUGAAUUUAUGAAACAUGUCCAUGCCAUUGCGGAUAAGAAACACCCCAACUUGUUGCCUCCUCUUGCCUACUACUACUCCAAAGAUGAGAAGCUGUUACUGUAUAAAUAUGCAUCCAAUGGAAACUUGUAUAACCGCCUUCAUGAAGGAAGAGGAACCCAAAAUCGAGUAAAAUUCAGGUGGAGCUCAAGAUUGUCUGUUGCUCAUGGCGUUGCUCGGGCUUUGGGUUAUCUACACUUGGCCAUAAGAUCACAAACCAUUGCUCCACAUGGAAAUCUAAAAUCAUCCAACAUUCUUCUUGAUGAAAAUGAUGAAGUUCUAGUCACAGAUUACGGCCUAAUAUCACUCAUAGCACUUCCUAUAGCAGCUCAACGCAUGGUGUCCUACAAAUCACCAGAAUAUCAAGGCCAAAAAAUCGUAUCAAAAAAGUCAGAUGUAUGGAGCUAUGGCAGCAUCCUCCUGGAACUCUUAACUGGGCGAAUCCCAACCCACUCGGCCCCACAAGGCGCCAAUGGAGUAGACCUCUGCAGUUGGGUUAACCGUGCAGUUAGAGAGGAAUGGACAGCUGAGAUAUUUGAUGUUGAAAUAGCUGCUCAGAGAAGUGCCAAUCAUGGGAUGCUUGGACUCAUGCAGAUUGCAAUGAAAUGCUGCGAAAAAUCGCCCGAAAAACGACCCGAGAUGGCUGAGGUUCUUAGAGAGGUUGAGGAUAUUAAGAUUGUAGGUGACUCAGAAGAUGAAGAAGAUCUGUCUUUGGAUCAAUCUCUAACAGAUGAUUCCCUCUCUGCUAGUACUCCAUCAUUGUUAAUUGCAGCUGAACGGAGAUGA